CUCGGUAGAAAAGAACAAUCCCCACAGAGUCGGAAAAAACACAAUCAGCAGUGCAUUACUUAUGGGUUACUAAACAGCAAAGUACUAUUCUAUUUAUUUUUAAUAGGCCCCAAAUGAAGUAAAAGAAAUAGUCUUUUUAUUUGUGCUAUAAAACUUGACGAUAGUCAUGCCCUUUAGGCUAUACUUCGAGAAAGAUCUCAAGUAAUAAAGACACUCUUUAUUUUCCUUAAUUCUCCGUAAAAUCGUUUUGAAAUGCUUUUUUGUAUGUUUUGAGUAGAAUUUUCAAUAAGAUAUGGAACCAAAAUCGAGUAAAUACAAAAUUUUCAAGUAGUCAACCAUCCAGAAUUAAUUUGGAGGAUCUCUAGGAAUAGGAGAUUCCCCCAAAGUAGGUUACUUACUUGAUUGGAAUAAAAAAAAAUCCACCUUUGUGUUCAUAUUAAUGGCAGUCAUUGGCCAUUUAAAUCAUCCUUUUCAUUGUCAAGGAUUAGCAUGGUGAAAGGUUCGUAAAUUUUUCUCAAUAUGUUGUCAAAGAAAAACAAACUCUGAAUGGGCUUGUGUUGUGCGUGCGAAAACACAUUGGCCAAUCAAAUAUAUUCAAAGUAAUCGUAAAGACAUUAUCAGCUCUAGAAAUUGAAAAAAAGUAUAAAAAUGGAGAAUUUCAAUCCAGGAACGUCAUUAAAAUAAAACGAAUUUUUCGGCGAAUGUACUGAGGUCCAAAUAUCUACUCACAACUAGCUGUUUACUUCAUAGACAAGUGGAUCUUAUUUUGUUAACGUUUCACGGGGACAUGGAUCUGUCUAGGUUCAUUCAACUAGUGGUUCUUUCUUUCAUCUCUUGCCAAGGAAUGUGUAUGGAAACACCAGAAGCUGUCUCCAGUUCCUCUGCCAUGUCCUCGACGCCGAAUGCGACCAUGACAACUGUUUUGGGAACCAGUGUUUACCCUUAUAAGGAUCCUGAUUCAACCGAGAUUUUCACCCUUCAAGAUGGCAAGGUAGGCUCUUUGAUUGGUCUGAACCAUACGCUGCUUCAUGAACUUGGCGAUGAGUGGGACGUUACAACAAUAAGUUAUGAAUAUAUUGGUGAUGAUGCAUAUGCUAUUAGCUCAUGGUCUUGGUUUCCAAUUCGUUGGACAUUGGUCACAACUGGGGAACUAGUUGUUGGGGUUAUUGGCAUCAUCGGCAACCUCUUGGUAGUCAUCGUUCUCUUUCAGCGUCGAGCUAAGAGCCGAUCCACUGACACCCUGAUAGGCGCACUAGCGGUUGCCGAUCUUCUGACCUCGGUUGGGUUGCUUCCCGCACCAUAUGCUAAAGCUGUCCCACUAUCCUGGUUAGGGCAGUUCUACUGCAAGAUGGUCUGGUCUCCGCUCUACAUGUGGGUGUGGGCCUUCUUGUCGAGUUUCUUGCUGACUGCAAUCUCGGUUGAGCGCUACAUCGCGGUCUCAUACCCCAUCUAUUUCAGCAGGAUUUUGACCAGACGCCGAGUCUCUGAGGUAGUGGUAAUUUUGUGGAUCUGCGCAAUGAUUGCAUGCAUCCCUCAAGCCUUCAUUAUCACAGUGGACAAGGUACAUCAUCGAUGCGCAGUUAGAAGGAUGUCUCACGAGCUUCAGACGGCAUUUGCUUUCUACGUAACAGCCAUCCAGUUGUUCAUACCGGCAACUAUCAUGGUCGUCACUCAAACCUUAAUUGCUGUCAAGCUCAAAGCGCAGUCCACGCGUUUCGAAGGUACUAAGACCUAUCAUCAAGCAGCUAGCAAAGCCGUCAUUAAAAUGAUGUUUAUGGUCAUAGUGGCGUACAUCAUCUGUUGGACACCUAACCGGUUUCUCCUCUUGAUAACAAGAUUGUUCCGUCUUAAGCCCCAGACGAAAAGCCCGAUUUCUGAGGGUUUCAUCGUGCUUGCUGCUGUCAACUCAAGCAUCAAUCCGAUCAUCUACAGUAUCCGUUAUCAAGAGUUCCGCCAGGCUGUCAAGGAACUUUUCACGAGGAAGGAGGUUCGAAAUUCAUCUAUGUUUGACGAUCCUAUCAACAUUAACACCAACUCUACAGACGAUGGCUCUGCUUAAACCCAGUAUUACUGGGCCUGUCAGUUUUAAAGCCUCUUAGUAAUUUUGGUAAAUCUGUGAAUUAUUCAUUUUCAAGGUUUGACAUGUUCAUUGCGAGAUAAAAUUAGAAAAUUAUAUCCUAAAGCGUUUGCAGUGAGAACGAUCUCAACUUUAUAAUUCGCAUUCAAAGACUGUAAGGUCCCCAAGUUUGAAAGUAUUUCAUUUUCAUUUUUAUUUUCUAAACCAUUUAAUUACGGAAUGUGGCGGAAGAAAUAGUGAUAUCGGAUCACUUGGAGUUUUCGGACAUUGAUUAACUGAAUUGCAAGAUAAGUGAGCUUGUACAUGUAAGUGAUGUAGGGGUUCUUGGUUUAUUUAUAUUGUUUAUUAAUUGAUUGAUUUCGGUGUAAAUAUUAUAAUAAUUAUCAUGCACGUAUAGAUGCACAAAAUAUUUGUCCUUAAAAAAAAUGAAUUUAUUCAGUGUAAUAUAGGCUUGAAUUGAAUUUAGGAUGAAUAUAACGUAAUAAAACUCGCUGGGAAAAUGCUACAUCUGAAAGUAGGGCAGUUGAAGCGAAUGUAAAGCUCCUUUCACAAUUGGUGGUGCGACUGCCUACAACCGUUGCAAUUGUAUGCAACAUAUAUUUUCAUUUCAUUUCGUUUAUUUCCACAAUAACAGCAAAGAUAAUUAUUUUACAACAGAAAUGUGAGUAUAGAAUAAAUUAACAAUUAGAAAUAUUGAAAUAGUUCACAAAGGUCCAGUACACAGAUAUAAUGUAUAAUUGAAUUUUAGAAAGUUCAGUUUUAACUUAAAUGCUAGCUGUAUAUUGUGGGGGAAACCUUGGAAAGCGGAGCUUGUAAUUCAGGUUCCCCAAAAUAAUAUUACAGUAUCAUUAAUUAAUGAAAAUGGUAUAAAAAGAUACAAACUAGACGGGACGAUACAAGACUACACUAAACGGGACAAGUACAUCAGAACAACUCAAGCACAAACAUGGGACAAUGAACAGCCUCCUGCAGAAAAAUCAUAGUGUAACAUUAUAGUUAUUUAUCAGUGUAGUCUUAAGCUUAUGUUUGAACGAAAAUAAGCUUGGUGUCAGUUUUAAAGAUUCAUCUAGAGAAUUCCAAAGAUGGGGACCAGUAUAAACAAUAGUCUUCUGUUUGUAAAAAAGUUCUGAGCUUCGGAAGAUGGAAAGAUGACGAUAAUCUGGUGGGGUAGCUGUGCAAAAUCUCGUUUCUUAAAAACAGUAAACUUAAGGAAGUUGGCAGCUCUCCUUGGUUUAACUGAAACAUAAAGCAGCCCAGGCGAAGAGAGUACAAAUCCUGUAUUUUUAAAACUUUAUUGGAGAAGAACAAUUGAUCUGAGUGAGCUAAUCUGUGUUUAUGACAAAUGAUUCUCAUUAUUCUUUUCUGUGUAAGUAGUAGUCUAUCCAACUGAUUUCUAGAGGAACUGCCCCAAGCUAAUAUCCCAUAAUUUAAGUAAGAAAGAAUAAGGGUAUUAUACAAAUUUGAUAAAACGUUUGGAGGCAAAAAAGUUUUUAGUUUGUUUAUGACGCCAACAUUUCUAGAUAAAAGUUUUGAUAAAUACGUAAUGUGCGGCUUCCAUGAAAAUUUGUUAUCUAUAUAUAGACCAAGAAAUUUCGUUGAAUCGACAAUAUCGAUUAAAAUAUUAUUAAGAAAGACGUUCCUGGGUAGAGCUGUGAUUGAAUUACUAAAAAGCAUGCACUGGGUCUUUGCAACAUUUAAAGAAAGUUUGUUACAACAGAUCCAUUCAUGAAUACAUCUGAGUUCAGUAUUUACUAUGUUUACAAGAGUAUCAGGAUUUUUAUGUGAAAAGAAAACACUGGUGUCAUCUGCAUAUAAUAUGAAAGACAAGGCCUUUGAUGAAUCCUGAAAAUCGUUGAUAUAUAGAAUGAAUAAUAA